AUGGAACCACCGUCGACACAAAAUUCCGAAUAUGCCCAACUGAUUACAAGACUACGCUCACUUUCAACUUACUUUGACAAACGUCAGCCGUUUGAUCCAACUAACUGGAGUUCUGGUGGUCGCGAAGAUUCGAACGACAUCGCGCUGUGCAUAUUCUCACACAUUCUUUAUCACCUCUGUUAUUGUAUAUUACAACACCCGUUCGUAUUGAAACGGCGACACCGCCCGGGCGAUGCCCCAUUCGCAGGCGACUUCCUCUCUGAUAGCCUCCAAAAAAAUUGGCAGAAUGCGCAAGAUCUCACGCAUACCCUAUCAUAUGCCACUCAGAAAAACAUGCCCACCUGGUCUUCGUUCUACGCCUACUGUUCGCUUGUGGCCGGAACAAUCAACUGUCUCCACUGUCUUUCGAAGGAUGAAAACACGCAGAACAUGUCCAAAUUAGCCGUUCAGAUGAACUUUUUGUAUCUGGAAAGACAAGCCAAACUAUAUGCAAAUUCGGCCCAAAUGGUAGGUCUUCUUUUGAUGGCUGUUUCCCUCCUGUCACCCUACUUACACUGGCUCUUAAAGUUGGCGGCUCUUAGGAAAUUUGAGAAAGAUGCCGAAGCGUUGCAGCAUUUGGUCGACCCCGGUGAUCAAGAACAUAUUCUCGACGAAGACGAUGCAGGUCGUCUUUACCGGCUCCUUGAUUAUAGCGCACAAUCAACCAGAGCAACGUCUGAAGAUCUGAGUCGGCCAGGGACAGAGCUACCCCUUUUGAGCCCUUCCAGUCUUGAUGCCCUUGAUCUCUUCGACCUCAAUUUUACUUCUUUCGACAACUUUACGCCAGGAAUGUUCAUCGGAGAGAGCACACAGUGGAAUCUUGACUAG